AUGAAUAGCAUGUCUAUGAGUAGUAGCGGUAUGAAUAUGGAUGCGAUGUCUAGUGCAUCGAAGACGGUAGCAUCGAGCAUGGCCUCGAUGAGCAUGGACGCUAUGUCCAGUGCAACCAAAGCUAUAGCUUCGAGUAUGUCAUCAAUGAACAUGGAUGCAAUGUCUAGUGCAUCGAAGACGGUAGCGUCGAGCAUGGCUUCGAUGAGUAUGGAUGCGAUGUCCAGUGCAAGCAAAACAUUGGCUUCAAGUAUGGCAUCGAUGGCGAGCAUGUCGAUGGGAAGCAGCUCAAUGGCAGGCAUGUCGAUGGGAAGCAGCUCGAUGGCAGACAUGUCGAUGGGAAGCUCUGCAACCAUGAGUUCAGCCGGUACACAAUCCACUUCAGGCUCAAGCAUGUCGGGUAUGUCGGGUAUGUCGUCAUCAAGUAACAGUAGUUCCUCAGGAUCGUCUAUGGAUAUGGACAUGGAUAUGGAUAUGGGGAUGAACUAUUAUCUGACUCCCACGUAUAAAAACUACCCUGUUUUAUUCCACCAUCUACAUGCAAAUACCAGCGGCAAGGCCUUUGGUAUUUUCUUAUUGAUUGUCGUGGCUGCUUUCGUUUACAAGCUCUUGCUUUUUGUCAGUUGGUGUCUCGAAGUACACUGGUUCAAGAAAUGGGACAAGGAGAAUAAAUACUGCACGUUACCUUCAGCAAAUGCUAAGGAUGACGGCAGAAACUAUGGAACGGAGAACAACUUUGAAAUCCAGGGUUUGCCCAAAUUACCAAAUUUGCUAGGUGACAUAUUCGUUCCUUCUUUAAUGGAUCUCUUCCACGACAUUAUUAGAACGUUUUUAGUAUUUACCUCCACAAUGAUCAUCUACAUGUUGAUGCUUGCUACAAUGUCUUUUGUUUUGACAUACGUUUUCGCAGUCAUCACCGGCUUAGCCUUAUCAGAAGUGUUUUUUAAUAGGUGCAAACUAGCCCUGUUAAAAAGAUGGGAUAUUCAAAGAGAGAUUCAAAAAACAAUGAACUGUCCUGGUUUUGGUAACUGCCAAUGUGGCAAGCAUGCCAGCAGCACACCUGAUCCAAUUGCCGUUGCCGAUACCACGUCAGCUAGUGAUCAAAGUACUCGCAUGGAAAAAAACAAUCUGUCUGAGGUUGCUAUUGCGGAAAAUAACCAAACGAACACACCUGCACAAGAAGACGGAUGUAACUGCGCCAAAGUCUCCAGAAAAAACCAAGAAAACAUCGAAAGUAACAUUMUUGAAAGUUCCAAGUUGCAAGAACAGUCUGGGAACAUGGAUCAGAACUUACUUCCAGCCGAAAAGUUCAGUCAUAAUUAA